UUCUUUGACGUCGUCUCUUCACUGGUCUUCGGUUUCCUCACGUCUCGAAGCUCCAGCCAUGGUGGCAGCUUCAGCCCCCGCUCAUUCCCUGCUUUGCAAGCCAGAUACAAUCUUAUCCAAAGCGCACCUCUGCAUCCUGUCCAAUCCUGAGCUCCCGCGAUUUGUGGCUGUACCCUUCUCAGGAUCCCGAUUGAGAUCGAGGUCUAUAGCUAUGGAGAUCCGCGCCAGCGGCUUGGGAAACGAGAACAGCACACCUUCAGUUCCGCUGAGUGACUCUCCUUCCAGGGCACGCGAUACGGUGAAGCGCCAUACAAUUUCAGUAUUUGUUGGGGAUGAAAGUGGUAUGAUAAACCGGAUUGCGGGAGUCUUUGCUAGAAGGGGAUACAACAUUGAGUCACUUGCGGUUGGUUUGAAUAAGGACAAAGCGUUGUUUACAAUUGUCGUCUUGGGGACAGAUAGGGUGCUGCAACAAGUAGUGGAGCAGCUUCACAAGCUUGUAAAUGUCUUAAAGGUUGAAGAUUUAUCUAAGGAGCCACAAGUAGAACGGGAGUUGAUGCUCAUAAAACUCAGUGUGGACCCUGAUCAGCGCCAAGAGGUUAUGGGUUUGGUUGAUGUUUUCAGAGCUAAAACAGUUGACAUUUCAGAGCAUUCAUUGACCAUUGAGGUGACUGGUGAUCCUGGGAAAAUGGUUGCGGUCCAGAGGAACCUGAGCAAGUUUGGAAUCAGAGAAAUAGCCCGAACUGGAAAGAUUGCCUUGAGGCGUGAGAAGAUGGGAGAGUCUGCUCCAUUUUGGAGGUUUUCUGCAGCUUCUUAUCCGGACCUGGAGGGUUCAAUGCCUUUGGAUGCUCUACCUAGCCAAAUGAAUAGAUCAUUCAUUACUGAGUCUGAAUUAUCAUCAAGAGGAGAUGUUUAUCCUGUGGAACCUUAUGAUGGCUUCAGUAUGAAUCAAGUUCUUGAUGCACAUUGGGGUGUUCUUGAGGAUGAGGAUUCAAGUGGUCUCUGUUCUCAUACACUUUCAAUUCUGGUUAAUGAUUCUCCUGGAGUGCUCAACAUUGUAACAGGAGUUUUCGCACGCAGGGGCUACAACAUUCAGAGUCUUGCUGUCGGACAUGCCGAGAAGGAAGGCAUCUCUCGUAUUACCACUGUUGUGCCUGGAACUGAUGAGUCAAUCAGUAGAUUGAUCCAGCAGCUUUACAAAAUUAUCGAUGUUCAUGAGGUGCAGGACAUCACUCACAUGCCCUUUGCUGAAAGAGAACUUAUGUUGAUUAAGAUUGCCGUAAAUACCACUGCUCGAAGAGAUGUCCUGGAUAUUGCUGAUGUCUUCCGAGCUAAAGCCGUAGAUGUAUCUGAUCAUACAAUCACACUUGAGCUUACUGGAGACUUGGACAAGAUGAUUGCAUUGCAGAGGUUGUUGGAGCCCUAUGGCAUCUGUGAGGUGGCAAGAACUGGUCGAGUUGCUUUGGUCCGUGAAUCUGGUGUUAAUUCCAAGCAUCUCCGUGGUUAUGCCCUUCCAUUUUAAUCCCAAUAUGCAGACCGUUUUAAUAAGCAAGCUUGUCUCUUAAAUCUUCCGUCUCAACAGUGACAGAUUAUAAAUAGUUGGUUGUUGAUAGUAAGUCUUUGUGAGUCAUCCUCUCAUGUUUUGGAGUACCUGCAAGGUUAGAAGAUAUAUUUCCUUUGUGCUUGUUUUCCUUGAUAUUUUCUAAAGGAUAUUAUAGCAUUGUUCAAACUUUUGUCAUAUAUAUGCUUGGUUGGUUACUGGUGACAUUCAUGUAUCUUAAAUUAUAAGAAGAUAUGGUAUGCAAUUGAUGUCA